UCCUCCUCUCUCCGCCAUCGCUGUGGUGGUGCUAACGGUUGACGGCCGGCGGGCGCUGACGGUGGACUCCUGCGAGCGGUUGGCUGGUGCGUGCGGUUGACUGUGCCCUUCGCCAUGUCUUCUCACAAGACCUUCAGGAUCAAGCGGUUCCUGGCCAAGAAGCAAAAGCAGAACCGGCCCAUCCCGCAGUGGAUCUGGAUGAAAACUGGGAACAGAAUCCGGUACAACGCCAAGAGGAGACACUGGAGGAGAACCAAGCUGGGCCUGUGAGGACGCGCCCCGACGGCUCCCGGGCUCACGCCGCGGCGGCGCCGCUUGCACCCCGCACCCGCCCGUUCCUGAAAAGAUGGCUACUCCCUGGACAGUUGGACGUGUUUGGGGGGGAAAUUGUUGGAAGAAUGGGAGUUUUCUCUUUGUGAAUGUUCUCCUGCACUCAGAGGUUGCUCCGGUAAUAAAUAUGUGAGACCUUUAAAAAAA